UCUUCAGCGCAUAAAAGAAAUAAAGAGAACAAAAAUAAUGAUCUUAAUCAGGAUUAUGGAGACAUUCCUUGACUCUUUACUCAUUAAUGUUUAGUCUUCAGUUCAUUGUGGGAUUCAUAUAACAGAAGAAAUCGAAAACUAGUUGAUGAAUUGUUUCAGCAUCAGAAAAACUACUUUACUGCUUUUACUCCAACCCUUUACAUUCGGAGUUCAAAUCCUAUUGAGACAACACACAGCAGAUAAACUUCAAUAAGUAGCACGAAAUAGCAAAUAACACUGGCUCUCAGAGCAGUGAAGGACUUCCUUUCUAAUGCCUAGCUACUACAUAGGCAAAGAACUUUUUUUUACUGUCAGCAAUUAACAACUGUAUGGAUGAUGUUACUUCUCUGUUAAACAUUCUGAAAGGCCCUCAAAGAUGAGACAGAAACUCUCACGCCGAAGACGGCACCAGAAGCUUAAGCUUUAUGGCAUUAAUGCUCUCAGCAGUGAGAAAAAAAGCAAAAAUAAAACUAUUUCCUGCUUCUGUUGUGACUGCCCAAACUCCUCUUGUCAAACCUCAACUGUUUGUUUUUCUUCCGUCACUCGUGAGCGAGAUGGGGAAGUAAUCCAUCAAAAAGGUUGCACUGAACGACCAGAACUGCUUAGUUGCAACCCAAGUCAGAGUGUCACGUAUUUAAUUGAAUGCUGCAAUGAAAGUUGGUGCAACACCAAUACGACCCUCUCACUACCUCCUGAAACUACUGCAGCGGUAAAGAAUCCUUCACUUGUGCUUCUAUUAAGCAUCCUCAUAGUUAUUGCUCUGUUUAAUGCUGCAAUACUGGCUUUCAUUGCUUAUAUUCGAUGGAAGCACAAAUGUCGAAUGGAGGAUUUUGGUGCACGAGAACCAUACCUUUUAGAAGAUAGUGAACGUAAAGCUAGCAAGGAUGAGAAGAGUUCACUGAAGGAGCAUUAUGAACAAUCAGUAACAUCUGGAAGUGGAUCUGGUUUGCCUUUUCUUGUUCAAAGUACUGUAGCCAGACAAGUCAUGAUGGUUGAAAUGAUUGGUAAAGGACGAUAUGGAGAAGUGUGGAAAGGAACCUAUCAUGGUGAAGUUGUUGCUGUUAAGACAUUUUCUUCUCGUGAUGAAGCCAGCUGGGAUCGUGAAACUGAAAUUUAUAACACUGUUUUACUACGUCAUGAUAAUAUUCUUGGAUACUUAGCAUCAGACAUGACCAGUCGUAACUCAUGCACUCAGCUAUGGCUCAUCAUGCACUACCAUGUCAAUGGCUCCCUCUAUGACUACUUACAGAGAGUAGUUUUAAACCAUCAGUCGAUGCUGCUUUUGGCUUAUUCAGCAGCAGCAGGUCUGGUUCAUCUUCAUUCGGAAAUUCUUGGAAAACAAGGAAAGCCUGCUAUUGCACACCGAGAUAUUAAGUCGAAGAAUAUCCUGGUCAAAAAAGAUGGCUCCUGUUGCAUUGGUGAUCUUGGACUUGCUGUCAUACAUAGUCAAACAACGAACAUCUUAGAUCUUGGUAACAACACCAAGGUGGGGACAAAACGUUACAUGGCACCCGAGGUCCUUGAUGAUCAUUUGAACACUUCUCUAUUUGAGUCAUUCAAAUGUAUUGAUGUGUAUGCCUUUGGUCUGGUUCUCUGGGAAAUAACACGCCGUUGUGCUCUUGGAGGUAUUUCUGAAGAAUACAAGCCACCAUUUUGGGAUGUUGUUCCAAGCGAUCCUAGUUUUGAGGAUAUGAGAAAAGUAGUUUCUGUUGAUCAGCAACGACCCAUAAUUCCAAACAGAUGGACUACUGAUCCUAUUCUCAACCAGGUGGGCAAAUUAAUGAAAGAAUGCUGGCGCCAUGAACCCAAAGCCAGACUGUCGAUGCUGCGUGUUAAGAAGAAUUUACAGCGUUAUAUGAAUAAACCUGAAGAUGACAAUUAAUUACUAUAAAUAAGACUUUCCAAUAUAACACUUGUCAGAGACUUAACAGCUGUGUACUUUAGAGAGGCAGAUUCUGUACACACGGUCAUUGCUGACAUGUGUACAAGUGUGUAUGCAUUUACGCUUACAUUUUUACAAACAAAAAUAUGAAUUCAGAUACACUCUGUGGGUAUACAUAUGUAUGAAUACAUGAGUGAAAGGGAGUGUAUGUGUGUGUACAUAGCAUGCAUGUGUGUGUGCGUAUAUAUACAUACACAAACAUCUAUGUACAUGUGUAUUAUAUAUUUGUGUGUUUAUGUAUACACAUGUAUAUAUAUGUACUUAUGUGUGUGCAUGUAUAUAUGUAUAAAUAUAUAUAUAUAUAUAUAUAUACACACAGACACACACAAAUGCAUGCAUGCAUAUCUGCAUGUGUACAUGCAUAUUGUGUGGGUGAAUGCAUAUAUAUAUAUAUGUAUAUAUACACACACACACACACACAGAUAUGCAUAUCUAAAUAUAUAAUCUAUACAGACAGACCUCAUUCAGCAAUAUUUUUGCGAUACAUCAUUAGUUUCAUAGUUUUUAUUAAACCAAUCAUCAAUCUUGUGAAAGGAUUCAUUCACACAUGUUGUCUAUUCCUUUUCAUUAUAUUAACUUUUUUUUUUUACAUAUUUUUUAGUCAUUGAACACUUGUAUAAAACCUGAAUAAUGUUUGAUUCAUCCCUUUCCUUCCCUACUAACCGUAUUUUCUCCCACCCAUAAGAUAUAUAUAUAUAUAUGUACCUCUCUCUCUCUUUAUAUAUAUAUAUAUAUAUAUAUAUAUAUAUAUAUAUAUAUAAAAUCCAUUUCAGUAGAGAAUUAUGUGUGCAUUUUCUCAUGUGAGUGUGUGUGUUUUUGCGAUACAAGUUUGAAGCUGAUAAACUCUGAAUGUUUUCCCUUGGCAGGUAGGUAUGGUCAUUUCAAAGAAUUUUUUCACUAAUAUGCAGUCAUUUUAAAUCUGCAAUUAUUUGCAUUUUCCUUCAUUAGUAUUUUUCUGUUUUUGUUGAUAUGUAUGUACAUGUGUAAGUAUACAUACACAAACACACAUAUACAUGUUUAUAUAUGCAUAUUAUGUAUUUUCAUAUAUACAGGGUGUCCUAAAAUUAAGGCAAGGAACUUUUUUCAAUUUUGCCGAAGCAAAAUAUUGUUGUAUUUUGGGUCUGAUCAUUGCAAUGCAAUGGUAAAGGAAGCACAAUUAUGACACAACCACAUCUUUUUGAUAUGACCACCUAUGUUUCGAAUCACAACCUUAAGUCUAAGUGCAAAUGCUUCACAUGCAGUACACAGCUGUUCUUGGAGAAUCAAAACCCAUUCCUGGUACAGUUUUGCCUUCAAAGCAUCUAGCAAAGCACAAGCAGUGCUCUAGACCCACCCUCAUCUCCAAAAUGGACCAAACAAAAAAGUUCAAUGGGUUAACAUUGGGGCUUCUUGAGGACCAUACAUCCUUGCCUUUGAACAGCAGAAUGUUUUUCUGAAUCCAGUGUUGUGAAUGUUUGGUGCAGUGGGAUGGUGCUGAGUCCUGUUGGAGGCUCAAAAGUGCACCUUGAAAGCAUUCAUUCACCCAUGGAAGCAGUUCAGCUUCCAGAAUGUUGCUAAUGUAUUGCUGGGUGUUAAUUUUAACACCUGAGAACACAAAAAUGAGGUGAGACCUUCCAGUGGCUGUCACAGCUGGCCAAACCAUAACUGACUGUGGAUUUUGAUGUCGAUUUAUGAGUCUACGCUUGACGGAGCUAGAUACGCUCCAAAGUCGGUCAUUCUGGUGGUUUACUGUCUAUUUGAUGUCAAAUUUCUU